AUGGCUCCUGGUUCAGAUGUCACUGAAACUCCACUCACACACACCCCUUCUUCUUCAACAACAGCAGGCAAUGGAAACUCCAUUGAUUCUUCUCAUCCCUUCUUCCUUCAUGCUUCUGAUGCACCAGGUAUGAUACUGGUGAACACCCCAUUUGAUGGUCAUGGCUAUGCUGGUUGGAGCAGAUCCAUCCUCAUCUCACUGUCAGCUAAGAACAAAUUGGGUUUCAUUGAUGAUCAUGCCCUAUGCCACCUCUCACAGAUCCUAAUCACUCAACCUGGAGUUGAUGCAACCACAUGUGUUCUCUACUCAAAGACUGCUAAGGACCUUUGGUUAGAUCUGGAGCACAGAUUUGGGCAACCUAAUGGUGCCAAGCUCUACCACCUGCAAAAGGAACUUGCUGAUUUAGUACAAGGGACUGCUGACAUUGCCACUUAUUUCACUAGAAUGAAACGAUUAUGGGAUGAAUUAGACACUCUUAAUUUUGAUAUGCAGUGCUCAUGCAACUGUGAAUGUGGAGGAAAGAAGAAAAUGCAGCAAUUUAAGGAAGAUGAGAGGCUAAUCCAAUUCCUCAUGGGUUUGAAUGAAACCUAUGGAUUGGCUAGGAGUAACAUACUCAUGGUUAAACCUCUACCUUCAGUUAAUCAAGCUUACUCACUUCUUAUGCAAGAUGAGAAUCAAAGGGAAAUUCAUGUUAAUCCUCAAUUUCCAACAGAUGGAGCUUCUUUCAUGGUGAAGAAUCAAGGACCUCAGAGUUAUCAGAUCUCUGCAGCACCUCAUCCCCCUCAACAGAAGAAUGGAAAUACUGGUUAUAAAGGAAAUUUUGCAUACAAAGGAAAGAAGAAUACACAGAUGUGCUCCUACUGUAAGAUGACUAAUCACACAAUUGAAAACUGUUACAGACUUGUGGGAUUUCCUGCUGAUUUCAAAUUUACUAAGAACAAAAGACUGCAAAAUUCUCCAAAAGGAAAUUAA